UAUUCUUUAUGGCUGCAGGAAAACUGUUCCAGUGACAUCACUGCAUUAUUACAGAGAUAUUACAUCGCUCCAAUGUAUGCGCUGACGUUUGCAUUUGGCUUCUUUGGAAACAUGGUGGUGGUCCUGGGAUAUAUCUUUUGCCUUCCUGUUUGGAGGUCCACAAAUGUGUACCUGUUUAACCUCGCUGUGUCUGGCCUUGUCUUCCAGUGCACUUUACCUCAGCUGUCCUAUUCUUAUGCUUACAACCUUCAAAAUGUCAGUCCUGAAAUAUGCAUCAUUAAUCGCUCCAUCUCCUAUAUGAACUUGUACUCUACUAUUAUUUUCAUGGCAUGGGUAAGUGUGGACCGCUACUUGUUGCUGUGUAACCCACAACGUGAACACAUUCUAUUGACCGUUAAGGCUUCAUUGUGCAUUGUUAUAACCACCUGGAUCUGGGUGACCAUUCAAAUCCUUCCCUUCAUUAUCUUCAUUAUCCAGGACAUGGAGCAAACUGGCUGGACAAAGUGUCAUGAUAUUUCGAGUUUGGCAGAAAUCAAAGGUAGUCUGAUCUACAGCGCAGUGCUCACUGUAACUGGAUAUAUUUUGCCACUCAUGGCUUUAUAUCUAUCAUCACAAAAAAUGGUUUCUGUUCUCAUGAAAAGAGAGGAGGUCCUUGGGACAUCUUUCCAACGGCCAGUAAAACUAGUGAGGUUAUCAUCAGUCAUGUUUCUGGUGCUCUACACACCCCUGCAUAUAAUGAGGAACGUGCGUAUUACAUCACGGCUUCCUGAAUUAAAUGUGCCAGAGUGUAUCAGUGACUACAUUUAUGCAGUUUACACAGUGACACGACCAAUUGCAUAUGCAGACACUGUCAUCAACCCUGUCUUUUACUGCCUCAUGACAGACAACUUUAAAGAAGCAAUGCUGAACAAGUGGAGCCAGCUUAAAAGAAUGCUAAGGACUGCAACAUAA